AUGCCAAGGAAGGAGCUACCUUUGCCAGAGGGCUGGGAAGAAGCCCGGGACUUCGAUGGGAAAGUGUAUUAUAUCGACCACACCAACAAAACCACCAGCUGGAUCGACCCGAGAGACAGGUAUACUAAACCACUAACCUUUGCUGACUGCAUUAGUGAUGAAUUGCCAUUAGGAUGGGAAGAAGCUUAUGACCCUCAAGUUGGAGUUUAUUAUGUAGACCACAAUACCCAAUCCACACAGAUAGAGGACCCUCGUGUGCAAUGGCGGCGGGAGCAGGAACAUAUGCUGAAGGACUAUCUGAUACUGGCCCAAGAAGCUAUCACUGCUCAGAAAGAGAUCUACCAGGUGAAACAGCAGAGACUUGAAUUGGCCCAGCAGGAAUACAGGCAGCUACAUGACGUUUGGGAACACAAACUGGGCUCUCAGAUCAGCUUGCACUCUGGCUCAUCGUCUAGUUCUAAAUAUGACCCGGAGAUUCUUAAAGCUGAAAUUGCUACUACAAAAUCCAGGGUUAAUAAAUUGAAGAGAGAGGUAGCUCAUAUGAGGCAAGAACUGCAGUACAAAGAGCAUGGCUUCCAGACACUAAAGAAAAUUGAUAUGAAAAUGUCUGAUACUCAAGGUGGAUACAAACUUGAUGAAGCACAAGCCAUAUUAAGUGAAAUGAAAGCUAUCAAGAAAGCAAUCACUUCAGGAGAGAAAGAAAAACAAGAUCUCAUUCAGAGCUUAGCCAGGUUAAAGGAUGGCUUUGUGACUGACAGAGGAUCACAGUCAGACCUGUGGGACAGCAAUGCAGCCUUAUUACCUCCACAGUAUCUGGAUGUUAGCUCCCAAACAGAUGUUUCAGGAAAUUUUAUCACAAGCACUAAUAAUCAGUUGGCUGAGAAGGUCAGAUUACGCCUCCGAUAUGAAGAAGCAAAGAGAAGAAUAGCAAACUUAAAAAUACAUCUGGCUAAACUGGACAGUGAGGCCUGGCCAGGUGUGCUGGAUUCAGAACGGGACCGACUAAUAUUAAUCAAUGAGAAGGAGGAGCUGUUAAAGGAAAUGCGGUUCAUUAGCCCCCGAAAGUGGACUCGGGGUGAAGUGGAAAGAUUGGAGAUGGAGAGAAAACGUCUAGAGGAAGACCUUCAAGCUGCAAGAGAUACUCAAAGCAAAGCCUUAACAGAGAGAUUGAAGUUGAAUAGCAAAAGAAAUCAGUUGGUCCGCGAACUGGAGGAAACAACGCGGUUAGUUGUAACGUUACACGCCCAGCUGAAAAACCUCUCUACCAGCAUGCUUUCCCUCUCUUCGGGCAGCAGCCAUGGCUCUCUCGCAUCGAGCAGAGGAUCUCUUGCCACCUCUAGCCAGGAUUCUUCCACCUCAGCCAGUUUUACUGAUCUCUACUAUGAGCAGUGGGAACAGUUGGACUCAGACUAUCAGAACAAAGUUGACUUCUUACUCUUGGAGGGAGCCGCUGGAUUUAGGCCUUCAGGCUAUAUCACCACUAUUCAUGAGAACGAGGUGGCAAAAACUCACAAAACAGAUGCCACCAGUCGUAUCCAGGCUCUGAGAUCUUUGUCUGGGACCCCCAAAUCAAUGACAUCCUUAUCUCCAAGGUCAUCUCUGUCAUCUCCCUCCCCACCCUGCUCCCCACUAGUGGUAGACCCUCUCUUAACUGGAGAUGCCUUUUUGAGCCACAUGGACUUUGAAGAUACAGAAAUAAAUAUAAGUCUUUCUGAACUCUCUCUAAACGCUGGAAGUGGCAGCUACAGACUGGAAGAGCCUAGGGCUGGGGACAAACAUCUAGGACAAGGCGUAAAUUCAGCUGGAGGGGCCACACUGAAGGUGGCAUGUGUGUCAGCUGCAGUGUCAGAUGAAUCUGUUGCUGGAGACAGCGGGGUGUAUGAGGCAGCUGUACAAAGACUCUGUGUGUCAGAAAUGAUAAUGUUUGACAGUGAUCAUACAGAAACAGCUGGGACUGCCAAAGUGCAAAUUGCUAUGAAGUAUGAUGACAAAAAUAAACAAUUUGCAAUAUUAGUCAUGCAGCUGAAUAACGUUCCUGCUCUAAUGUUACAGCAAGAUCAGAAAGUGAACAUUCGUGUGGCUGUUCUUCCUUGCUCUGAAAGCACAAGCUGUUUGUUCCGCACAAGACCCAUGGAAGCUUCAGACAGUCUUGUAUACAAUGAAAUAUUUUGGGUUUCAAUCUCUUACCCUGCUUUACACCAGAAGACUUUAAGAGUUGAUGUUUGCACUGUGGAUAAGUCUCACCUCGAGGAGUGCCUGGGUGGAGCACAAAUUAGCCUGGCUGAAAUAUGUAGAUCUGGAGAGAAGUCAACACGCUGGUACAACCUUCUUAGUUAUAAAUAUCUUCAGAAGCAAAGCAGAAAACACAAACAAGGGGAUAUUUGUUCUGCAGUAUCCUGCGCUGAAAAAACAGACUCUGUAUCUGCACUGCUGGAACAGACUGCUGUUGAACUGGAAGCAGUAGAGAAGAAGCUGGAAGAAAGCAGAAGCACUUUAACUAGUGGAGAGAAUUGGCAAGAUGAGGAGGUUGCUGAGCAAGAAGAGCAGGAUGGGAACAGUGACAAUGAAGCAGAAGAGGAGGAAGAAUUCUAUGAUGGAAAAACACUCUGGGAGGUGGAAGAGAAUCCAGAAUCCCAAGUGCAUGCUGAGUCGGUAGCAGUAAAGGUAGAUAAAGAAACAAACACAGAGAGCCUUGCACAAUCUUCUACUGUAGUUCGUCCAAAAGAGAAGAAAGCAGCUAACCCACCGCAAACUCAGUUUGUCAGAAGUAGCACCAUAAUCCGCUCCAAAACAUUUUCGCCAGGACCACAGAGUCAAUACAUCUGCCGGCUAAAUCGCAGUGAUAGUGACAGUUCAACACUGUCUAAGAAACCACCCUUUGUUCGGAAUGCUAUGGAGAGGCGAAGUGUCAGAAUGAAGCGGCCUUCGGUUAAGUCCUUUGGUGCAGAGCGUCUAAUCCGAACUUCACUGGACCUGGAGUUAGACCUGCAGGCUUCAAGGACCUGGCACAAUCAGUUAGUGCAAGAGAUCUCUGUACUGAAAGAACUGAAAGAACAGUUAGAACAAGCUCAAGGUCAAGGUGAAAAAGAGCUGCCACAAUGGGUGAAGGAUGAUGAGCGAUUCCGGCUUUGGCUGAGACACGUCGAAAAACGGGCUGAGAAAACAGAACACAAGUGUGAGCUGAAAGCGGAUAAAAUGAUGAGAGCAGCUGCCAAGGAUGUACACAGGCUACGAGGACAGAGUCGUAAGGAGCCCCUGGAGGUACAGUCAUUCAGAGAGAAGAUGGCAUUUUUCACACGACCGAGGAUAAACAUUCCAACCCUCUCUGCAGAUGAUGUUUGA